UCGCGAUCAUUUCUCCUCGCGUGAAGAAAAUAUAGGAAGGAAAGUCGGCCAUAAGAACAAAGCGACAAGUGACGUGAAAGGGGCGAAGGAAGAGCUCCUGGAAGAAACCAUCCGGCGUUCGAUCGCCGCCAUUUUUGAAGCAGGAAGUGAGAACCUUGAAGUUACGUAAGAGCGGCUUUUUAUGAAAAUGAUCUGCGGUCAUCUUGAUGGUGAUCCAAGUCGAUGGCGUGCGCCAGUCGCGAGUCGAUCGCCUUUCAACCCUCGUUUGCGAGGCUUUCGUGGAUGAUGGAUUGAAGUGACUUGGAUCGAAUGGGGGUAUAAAGUUCGAUGUUAAUGUCGAUUAAGCCUAGAUAUGUUUAUCGUUGAGAGAGAAUUUCGAAUUCGUAUGAUUCGUUUCGAUUUGGUAACCGUUUAAUGUAUUCUGUCCUCGACGACCCAAACAACAGAAAAACGGGAUUCUGAGAGGCUUUCUUGUGUAGUCGCUUGGCGAACAGCGUUGAUGGAAGUUACUUUGCCUUAUGGUUUAUCGUUUGAUCAAAUUUAACCAUGGAGAAUGAAAGAAAUUCGGUAGCCACAACAUCCAGGAAAGAAUCAGAAGGAAUUACAAGAUGGAUAGAAUCCGUGAUUAUCACCGUGUCGCAAACUUCCAUAGGCCAAGCAUUGUUUAAAUUUAUCGACUCGUUUUUAUGGGUCGUGGAAAAAUCCACGCAAUGGAGCUUACCUGCUCAUGAAAUCGCGGCUGAAGAGAAUGGUAAAGUAUUUGGGAGAAUAGAGCUCGUGAGACCUUUGCCAUGGCUUCUCUUUCUGCCAGGAUUAGUGAUACUUCGAAUCAUCAGAUGUGGGCUCAACGUGGGUGCUUUUAUUUUGGGCUAUCCACGAAUACGACCAAGUGGAAUGGUAAAAUUCGUGCAAAAGACUCGCAGACGAUUAAGAGCGAUAAACGUAAAGGCAGUAAAAGCGAGGCGUAGAAUAACGUGUCCCAAGGACAAGAGAUUGACGAUGAUCGAGGCCAAGAAGGCUCUGAUCAGAUCCAUCAAAUUGACUCUGUCGACUUUGUCUUGUUUGGAUACGUCUAAAUCAUCCCCCUCGCCACCCCCGAUGAAAAUUCGUGUAGGUCAAAUGGAUUUCGACACGAUAGCAACACCAGAAGAGAAAUCGACCACGGAAUCUGUCGGUAGUCCUGUACUCCACGAAAUGAAACGCAAAUUCUCCCAGAUCUUAGAUGAUGAAAGUUCCGAUGGGUCGGAUAACGAGACAUUUCGUACAAAACUCGAAAGAUUAGCAAUGGAAAACAGCACGGACGAUUCUGAUUUCAACAUUGCCGAUUGUUCGAUGGAAUCAAGCACAGGGAGCAGCGAAAACGACGUGGACAAGGAGAUAUCAUUUAACGAGACGACCGAGAUCCAGAGGGAAGCUUACAAAUUCUUGAAGGAUGAUACAUACCAGCUAAUGUCUUUGAAAUUGCAGAUAGCGAAAUCGAUGAAGGACAAGGAAACGAAGGAUGACGGGAAACUCGAGGGCGUGGACAGUUCUGAAUCAGCGGUGGAAAAGGCGAGCAAUAUGAUCAAAGACUUCAUCAAUGGAGAAAUAAAUUCUACGUUGCAACAAUCCACAGUUUCAGAACCAAGCUCAGAAGAUAUCGAAGAGAAGAAAACUUCAAAAGAGACCUGUGACACAGAAGCUUGCACCUUACCGAAAUCUGAUAGCUCUUCCUCAAAAGAGAAUUCCUCGGAAGUCUGCACGUCAUCGAAAUCUCGUAGCUCUCCCUCAAAAGGGAAUUCCUCGGAAUGUUGCGCGUCAGAAGUUUCCACGUCACCGAAAACUCGUAGCUCUCCCUCGAAAGAGAGUCCUUCGAAAGAGAGUCCCUCGAAAGAGAAUCCUUCGAAAGAGAGUCCCUCGAAAACUCAAACUCAAACAGAGACAAUCACGUUACCGAAAUCUCGUAAUUCCCCUUCGAAAGAGAGUUGUUCAGAAACACCAGAAACAAUUACAUUACCGAAAUCUCGUAAUUCCCCUUCGAAAGAGAGUCGUUCAGAAACACCAGAAGCGAUCACACUACCGAAAUCUCGUAAUUCCCCUUCGAAAGAGAGUUGUUCAGAAACACCAGAAGCGAUCACACUACCGAAAUCUCGUAAUUCCCCUUCGAAAGAGAGUUGUUCAGAAGCAAUUACACUACCGAAAUCUCGUAAUUCUCCCUCGAAAGAGUAUUCCUCGGAUACGCGCGCAUCAGAAACUGUUUCUGCGUUAUCGAGAACACGUAGUUCUCCUUCAAAAGAGAGUUAUUCGAGCGUACAAGGGAAAUCUUAUUACAAGUCGAAAAAAUAUGGCCGCAAUAAACCUACAUGGACCGAACAGUGAACAUAGAUGGAGACGUUGUUCCCUCUUAAAAGUUCCUUCACUGUGAUUUUCUUAAUAAUAUACUUAAGCCACGAGAUGCUUGUGGCUUAUUUUUAUUAUUUAUUCGAAUAACAAUUGAAAUUAGAAAAGAAGUAGAAGUAUCGCGAAAUCGUUCCAUCGCGAUGAUCGAUUAUUUGUACUAUAAAGAAGACGAAGAAUUUUUUUCUCGAAAAAUAUCAAAAAACUUUUCUAAUCACCGGUUUUCCUCGAAGCAAGUUCGUUGUAAUUUCGUUGUCCGUUUUGUUUUUUUACUGAAUAAUUGUAAUGAAACAAGCUGAAUAAAUAACAUAUUUGUUUUACAAAAAGUAAAAAAAAGAAAAAAGAAAGAAAAACGUUAUGCAGCAACUUCCAAAUACACGUAUUCCAAACAUGCUCGAAAUAAUAAUGCAACAAUACAUACGUAAUUAAAAAUUUCAUUAAAUCCAAAAGAAAGAAACAUUCUACGAUUCUAAUUUGUUCCUCGAAAAUUCAUCGAUCGAUGCACAAUUCGAUUAAUCAUUGAAACGAAAAGGAGAGAGAGAUCGUUGCAUAAAAAUUUCUCGAAACAAUUCAAACUUUUCCGUUCUAAUCUUCAGUUUUAAUCACGAAGUAAAUCUAUCAAUGGCGUUAUCCAUUGCACGGAUCCAUUUUGAAAAAAAAAAAUGAAAGCUUCGUUCGAAUCGAAAUAUUAUGUCGUUAUAACACGAUAAAAAAAUGGCAGAUAAUGGGAGAUAAUGGUCGAACGAUGGGGAGGACGAGAGAGUUUUUGGCCGCUUGUGAAAUAUUGAGCAAAAAGUCUGAUCUAUUAAGCCUCGGUGUAAACUUCCACAACCGUUGCUCAAAAUACGGACCAUGUUAUCGUUUUCACACUCUCGCUCGUGAGAUAAUUGACAUACAAUUGCAAUGUUUCAUGUGCGAUUGUGGGUAAUAAAAAUAACCAACCAGAAUGAAAGUUCGAGCUAUUCUUAGUAGACAAUGGUUAAUAAUUAAGGGAGAAAUAAUAAUUGAAAAAUAUAGAAUAGAAUAGAAUUUAAGGAAGGUUUAAACAAUUGUGAAUAAAAAAAAAAAAGUACAGAUACUCAGAAGCUUUUUGGUUGU